GGAAGGUCCAAUUUCUGCAGAACCAAAGGAUGUGAUUUUCCCUAAAGGCCAACCUAUUCCAAGUGUUAAAACCCUUACAUUUUGUUUCAGUAACUUGCUACGUUUGGAAGCAUUCUAUGCUAAUCCGAGUGAACUACCUGUCACGGUAAAUUUUAGAAGGUUAGAUUUAACAGUAUUUGUAUAAUUUUCUGGAGUGUUUGAGAAUAUUUUAGAUGAUUCCGGAACGUUCUAGAAUGUCCUAGAAGGUCCCGGCAUACUCUAGAAGGUUCUAGAAGACUCUGGAAAGUCAUAGAGUAUUCUAAAAGAGUGUGGAUGUAUAUAGGAGUACAAAGAGUAGUAUGAAAAAAUCUAGAAGUAUUUAGAAAAUUGUGGUAUGAUGGAUAUUUGUAAUGAAGGUUCUAGAUGAUUAAUCUAGAACGUUGAUUAGAUUUAAUCUUAACCAUCCAUUGAGGAGGUGGAUGGCUAUAAAUAAGAGGUGAGAGUUAGUGUGAGUUGUGUGUAAAUCAUUUGUAACAAACACUUGAGCAAUAAAGUGUUCUUCCACCAACGCUUCCUUUCUCUUGUGUUCUUAGCUUUCUUGCUAAGUAUUUGAGGGUUAGGCUGACUUAGUCAUAGCUCAAGAGAUUGAGUAAGUUCGAGUGCCGGCAUGGUAGCAUUGGAGUGUGUCCAAGGCCGUGACAAUUUGGCAUCAGAGAAGGUUCGAGAGGGAGCACACGUGGCUUGUGGGUAUGACUUCUAGUAUCACCAUGGAACAUGUUGAGUUUCAAAGAGGAAGGAAUGCUAUUCCUUCUCAAUGGGGAGACAAGAAGAUCCGUUCUUCAAGUGAGCCUAGAGGUAAGGACUCUAACUUCUUAGAAGAGAGAGUUUCUGUGUUGGAGAAUGUUCUAUCUCUAUGGAUGAGUGUUUUCAAAGGAUAGAACAUGAUAAGGAGACCAUCGAGGCUCACGUGUUAGGAGAACUAGAUGCUUUUAAAGAAAACAUGCUCCAAAUCGAAGAGAAGCUUGAGAAUUCCUUAAAGCUAUUUGAGAAAGUUCGAGUUUGGUUCGAGGAGGCAAAUUCUCGACCAACCAUUAUAAGGGAGACGACAAAGAUUGAUCUUCCCACAAGAGUACGAUUAGCAACUACGUAAAGGAGUUCACUACUCUCACACUUCAAUUCCCUCAACUUCUUCCUUGCUUCAUAAACCACAUUUUCAGAGAAGAAUUGUCUUCUCAACUCUCUUUUGAAAUCUUCCUAUGUGGCUAUGUUGCAAGUUUCCUUUUCCAUAUCUACGCACUUUCUUCUCCACCACAAAGUUAUCAGAAAGGUAGAGAGCUGCAGUGCGUAUCUUUAUUGUUUCUUCGACCACCCCUUGGCUUUCGAAAUACCUCUUCAUUUGCCAUAGAAAGUUCUCCACCUCGUCAGCGUCCCUUACGCCCUUGAACUCCUUUGGUUUGGGGAGAUCAAUCUUUGUCGUCUCCCUUAUAAUGGUUGGUCGAAAAUUUGCCUCAUCGAACCAAACUCGAACUUCCUCAAAUAGCUUUAAGGAAUUCUCAAGCUUCUCUUCGAUCUGGAGCAUGCUUUCUUUAAAAACAUCUAGUUCUCCUAACACGUGAGCCUCGAGGGUCUCCUUAUCAUGUUCUAUCCUUUAAAAACACUCAUCCAUAGAGGAUAGAACAUUUUCCAACACAGAAACUCUCUUCUAAGAAGUUAGAGUCCUUACCUCUAGGCUCACUUGAAGAACGGAUCUUCUUGCCUCCCCAUUGAGAAGGAAUAGCAUUCCUCUUCUUUGAAACUCAACAUGCUCCAUGGUGAUACUAGAAGUCAUACCCACAAGCCACGUGUUCUCCCCCUCGAACCUUCUCUGAUACCAAAUUGUCACGGCCUUGGACACUCUCCAACGCUACCGUGCCGGCACUCGAACUUACUCAACCUCUUGAGCUAAGACCAAGUCAGCCUAACCCUCAAAUACUUAGCAAGAAAGCUAAGAACACAAGAGAAAGGAAACUUUGGUGGAAGAACACUUUAUUGCUCAAGUGUUUGUUACAAAUGAUUUACACACAACUCACACUAACUCUCACCUCCUAUUUAUAGCCAUCUACCUCUUCAAUGGAUGGUUAGGAUUAAAUCUAAUCAACGGUCUAAAUUAAUCAUCUAGAACCUUCAUUACAAAUAUCCAUCAUACCACAAUUUUCUAAAUACUUCUAGAUUUUUUCAUACUACUCUUUAUACUCCUAUAUACAUCCACACUCUUCUAGAAUACUUUAUGACCUUCUAGAACAUUCCGGAACCAUCUAGAACAUUCUUAAACACUCCAAAUAAUUAUACAAAUACUGUUAAAUCUAACCUUCUAAAAUUUACCAUGACAUACAGCCUGGGAUAUCUCCUAAAAUUAGCAGAUUCACAAUUGGUCCUUUCCAUGGAUCCCUUCAUAUUAGUAUGGCACGAGUUAAAGUUAGAGUUCAACUCAACUUGCAUGGAAUCGUCAGUAUCAAAUCAGCUAGAGUAAUAAUUUAAUGUCUUUACUUGAUCGAGAGUCAUGUGGAUAAUUCAGUUACAACAGCUAAAAACUAAUCAUCGUUCAGAUUCCGAAGCAAUGGAUGUUGAACACAUUUCUUGGACAGCCGAUCAUUGCAGAAACUCAGAGCAUAGACAUGAAGCUGGUGGUGCGGGAAAAGAUAACGCUAACAAGUUUCAUGUACUAGUGAGUACAAGGCCGAGAUAUCAGAAGCUGAAGAAAAAUAAAUCCGAUUGGCGCAGCAGGACACUAGAAUGGAGCUAACUAAAGACAAGAGGAAUGCCUUGGAGUCAUACAUCUAUGAAACGAGGACUAAGCUUUUCAACACAUAUCGGAGCUUUGCAACCAAGGAGGAGGGAUGGCAUAUCUAGAAGCCUGCAACAGAGUGAAGAGUCGCUUUACGGUGACGGUGACGAUGAAACCAUACGUGCUUAUUCUGCUAUACUGGAAGAUCUAAGACAGCUUGCUAAUCCAGUUGAGAAUUGGCACAAAGAUGAAGCAGCCAGAGUGGAAGCUACAAGAGAUUUGUCAAGUUACAUUGUUGAGUACUGCAUGUCUGCAGAUUCUCUUCCACCUGAUCAUAAAGAACAGAUCAUCAAUGAGUGCAAUAAAGCAGAACAGUGGCUAAGAGAACAGAUGCAGCAACAAGAUACCUUGCCUAAGACCUCUGAUCCAGUAUUUUGGUCAAGUGAUAUAAAGAGCAAGGCAGAGGAGUUGCAAUUAGUGUGUCAGCGGAUAUUGGGAUCCAAAGGUACUUAAGUUCCAUUUGACAAGAGUGACAACAAGCAAAACACUUCUAAUCUCCAUGAACAAUUCUCAUAAAUGUAGAUUAUUUCAGAUAGACAUAGGUAACAUGUGAAGGAUGCAAAUCUUUGUAUUUUUGAAAAAAUUGUUAAAAUGAAGUUAAUAGUAAGAAAAAUGCCCAAUCAUUUAUUUGU